AUGUUUAAAUCAUACAAUGGCAAGACUAAGAAAUUCAUAGCUUUAUGUGGUACUAAUGUGAUUGUGGAAAAAGCUGAUAAAAAAAAAGAAAGUGAUUUGUGGAAAAAGCAGCGCGGACACGUGCUUCCACGUGUCCCUUAUUUCCUCCGCGUGCGCAAGUGUUUUAAGUUGCACAUUCAAUGCAAUUACUGUAUUAGUGUCUCUGUACCCGGAAAACAAAAUAAUUAUCUAAGCAUCUACAAUGCAAACGGUUCAUGCCAUUUGAUAUUUUAUGAAACGAGAAAACAGAAAGACAGGAUCACUUUUAGCACAGCUGUUAUUAGCAUCAACGAAUGUUACCUUUCUGAUGUACCCAUUAAUCCCGAUGUCGAUUUCAACUUCAUUCUCUCUUUCGCCAUUGAUUACUCAAACUCGUCGCCUCCUUCCUUAACUUAUGGUGAUUCCAUUUUUUCCGUCAAGGCCCACCAUUCAAACGUCAAGGUGGUGAAGAGUCUUGGCAGUGAUUUGUACAACAACUAUGUUUACUUCAACUCUCCAUCGAUAACUUCAUGAAUUAGUCUUCAACUCUCCAUCGAUAACUUCAUGAGUUACGAGUGCUACUUUCUCAAUCCAGAGAUAGUCAAGGAAUAUCAUUUGGAUGGAAUUGACAUCAAUCAUGACCUCUUCAAUGGUCCUGAUACAUUCAAUGAGCACCUAGGACAGCUGAUUUGUCUUAAGCAAAAUGAUAUCUCUUCAUUUGCAUAAAUUGCACCAUACAAGGAUGAUUCUAUCCGGCUACAUUUUUUGGCUCUGUGGAGGAAGUAUGGACAUCUGAUAGACGGUGUGAACUUCCAAUUUUUUGCUUAUGACAACAGGACAACUGUCCUCGAGACUCGAAGCCCUCAUGGAGGAGGUAAUAUAAGAGUGAGCUUUGGCACCAAUGGAAGUGGUGGCUCGACUCCUGAAACUGGGACUUUGAUUCCAGUAGGUUUUUUUUAAUCUCAAGGAGCAAUUUUAUUUAUUCCAGUAGCAUGCUUAAACACAGCUCGGAAAAAAAAGAAAGAAAGUAGCAUGCUUAAACAGGGAAGACUUGACAGUAUCUUUAUGUGGUCCGCAGAUGAUUCCAAGGAGGCGGGUUUUAGUUAUGCAAAGCAAUCACAAGACCUUUUGGCCAGAGGAAAAUUAUCUCACUCGUGUGGUUUUGAAGAAGAAAAAAAAAAGUUAUUCCUUGAAGUAAUUGUCUUGAGAAUUUUCUUUAUCAAAAGAAAAAUCACUACGAAGAAGAAAUGAGGUUGAAUUCUGAAACUUCCAUUAUGGGGUUUUGAGCAAAGAUAUUUAUUGAGAAUUGAUGUUGAUACAAGUUUCUCCCCACUAUGGUGUAGCCACUACAUGGCUUGUGGGGUGUGGGGUGUGUGUGCCCAUAUUUGUUUGUGUUCACAAGAACAUAAGCAUGUACACAGAAGUUAUGAGACUAAAUUUUACACUAUACGUGUUUUACGCCAAAAUGCACGCAAUGAUACCUUCUUUUUUAAACGGCAAAAUUUUAUUAAGAAACUUGAUAGGGGCACGCAAUGAUACCUAUUAGUUCCUUCCAUUAUGGGAGAAAAAGAUGCGCCUAGAACAACAUUUGCUCAUGAGCGAACAUGUGCCUGUACGAAGCCUCAAACACCAAAAGAGAUGCAACAAGCAAGAAAGAGUUGAUUCCCUGCAAACUAGAGCACUUUUAGCUAAACAACAUCUAUGAUACAGAAGGGCCUUCAGCAUAUGGAACGAGCCUAAAAAAGCAGACAAAAGAAAACCAACGGACGCAUGAACUGGUGCAUUGUGUGUGAAGACUGCACAAACACAAAACAGAGGCAUAGAAAUACACAGAGAGAGAAUUGAUCUCUGAUCCUCAAGCACUCAACCACAUUUUUCUU